AUGACCGUGGAGGCGGAAGAUAGUGAUGGUGACUUGCAUCCAGGAACAGAUAUCACCUUCUUCUCGUCUUUCCUGUUCCCCACCUACUACCUGUCAGCCAACAGCCCCAACAGCCGCAGCAGCCCCAGAAAUGGCCCUGGAGACUGGAACAUCUUAUCUGUACUGAAGUGUUUUGGAAACUCUGAUCCUCAAGGAGAAGAAUUUAUCCAAGGCCUCAGUCAAGAGUGGUGCACCGAGCUGCACCGAGCUGCACCGAGCUGCACCCAGCAGGUGAGUCGGGACCCCAGGCGCUUCCGCCCCGCGCGCAGCCCCGCCCCCUCGAGGCCACGCCCACCCGGGAGGCGUGGGAACCGGCAGCGGGAGGCACCGCCCUGGGGGCGCCGCCGGGUUUAUAGGUCACCCGGACGGCGCGCGCAGCCCGCGGCCGCCGCACGAAGCAGGCCCUGCGGGACCCCGCCGCCGCCGCCGCCGCCGCCGCCGCCGCCGCCGCCGCCGCCGCGCUCCUCCCCGCGGCCUCCCCGGGCGUCCGGCCCGCCCGCACCCGCCGAGCCUGUCGCGGCCGCUGCCGCGCGGCCUGCGUCGCUUCCGGGACUCACCCGACCUCCGGCCAUGGCCGCCGCGGGAGUCGCCGGGCUCCUGCGCGCCGCCUUCCUGAGCGUCGGCGGCGCUGCCCGCCGCUGGGGGCUGCUGGCCGGACCCCGCGCGGUCCCGGGCCCGGGCGGCAGCGCGGGGGCGCCCCGGACGCAGAGCGCGUCGGCGCCGGCGCGGAGCAGCUCAGAAGAUAAAAUAACAGUCCACUUUGUAAACCGUGAUGGUGAGACGUUAACAGCCAAAGGAAAAGUUGGUGACUCUCUACUAGAUGUUGUGAUUGAAAACAAUCUAGACAUUGAUGGCUUUGGUGCAUGUGAGGGAACCUUGGCUUGCUCUACCUGUCACCUCAUCUUUGAAGAGCACAUAUUUGAGAAGUUAGAAGCAAUCACUGAUGAGGAGAAUGACAUGCUCGAUUUGGCGUAUGGACUAACAGAUAGAUCUCGAUUGGGCUGCCAAGUCUGCUUGACAAAGGCUAUGGACAACAUGACGGUUCGGGUACCUGAUGUUGUGGCUGAUGCCAGACAAUCUGUUGAUGUGGGCAAGAACUCCUAAACUAGAAUAAAUCGGAAUAUUUUCACAAAAUUUUACCUAUUUUUAUAAUUAUUAUUUCUUAAUGUAAUUACAUGAGAACAUGGGUGAAGGGGUUUAUUAUGAUUAUUAGCUAUACCACUUUAAUCGACCUUACAUUACUACUACAUUUUAUAGAUUUCAAAGUAUGCCAUGUUUAUUUUGGUUAAAUUAUAAAAAGCAAAUCAAAUAUUAGAAAAUAGUUACUAUUCUAGAAUCAUACAUAUUAUACCUUAUGUUUGCUAGCAAGAUGUUUUCACAUAAGUCUUAUGUCUAAUUACCGGUAAGUUAGGUUAAUAAAAGGUAUUAUUUUCCCUGUUAGAUGUGGGUGAAGGCAGAGAUCUAACAUGGCUUGUCUGGAGCAAUAGAGCAAAUUAGAAGAUAAUGUACUAGAACUCGAAUCUUCUUAUUACAAGUUAUAUGUUCAAAUUGAAACUAGAGAAAUUAUGAAUAUCUUAUUUAUAGCAAUAAUUAAAUUGACAUAACUAAUUGCUCAAAUUUCAAAGAUUAUUGUUGCCUUCUAAAUAAAUAUUUCAGAGUUUUGAUUCAGUGAAAAGUCUCUGGGCUUCCUCACAGCAUGGUAGCUGGUUUCUGCGAGCCAGCACUGUGAGAGGGAGGCCUGUGCCAGGUGUGCACUAGGUAUAAAAGUCACACAGCAUCAUUUCUGCCUGUUCUUUUCAUUAGGAGUGAGGUACUGAGUCUGGCCCAUCACCUGAAGAGGGUGUCCGGGAACUUGCAGACAUGAUUUAAAGCCACCACAGUAACCAUUAUUUUCAAGUUAGCUUAUUGGCACAUUAUUGCCUGAGAAAACCAGCCUUUUAACUAAAGUGUUCCAAACUUUUAAAGAAGGGCUGGAUUUUGCUCUUACAUUGAAUUUUGAAAGAUUCUGUGUCUUCUUUAUUAUGAUGGUUCAUUGGUUUUAUUCUGUAACUCCCAACAGUUUUCUUCCUGACAGUUGUUUAAAAUGAGAGGGAAUAAUGGUAGGUUCCCUUUCAAUGCUGUAUAAUUUUAGUUUACAUUUCUCUGCAUUUUGCCAUCAAGAAAGGCAGCUUCCUUUGGUGUAAUAGUAUAUAUAAUUGUUGGUUACAUGCUAACAUUUAAUAUUGUAUUUGGUUUUCACAAAUAAAACCAACCUGUAAUUACAUAA